AUGGUGCAGUACUCACGACAGCGGACCCAUUUCCCGAUAAAUCGCUGGUGUUUCCCAUCAAUUAUUUUAUCGGAAGCUAUUUCAAACAAGUUGAGGUUUACGCCAAUGGAAGACAGGUACGAUCAGAUGUACGGCUAUCGAUCGUAUCUCGAGUCCACCCUCUCGUUCUCGAAGGCAGCAAAAAGUGACCAGCUCCAAAUUGGUGGAUAUUACAAGGACACAGCGAACCCCGAUCUACAGGGUAAUACCGUGAAAACAGGAACAAAUGCAAACAAAGGCGCCAAUGCUCGCUUUAAGUGGACAAAAGGCAGUAAAACGGUAGAACGCCUGGGGCAGAUUCACAACGAACUCUUUGCGCAGAAAAAAUUAAUUCUGAGUCAAGUAAAACUGACGGUAAGAUUGGUGAGACAAUACCCCAGUUUUGUCUUAAUGGCCAAGGAUCACACCCAUGAGUACACGAUUAGUUUGGAGGAAGCGAUUUUGAAAAUCAAUAUCGAAACUAUUGCCGAACAUGUUCGCCUUAGCCAUGAGGAACGUCUUUUGCAAGGACCCGCCAAAUAUCCCGUAACAUCGGUUCAAAUGAAGUUUUAUACGCGUGGCGCCAACCGUUCGGAUCUGUCAGAAAAUAACUUGUCACAGGGUCGUUUACCGGGAAGAAUCGUCGUAGGAUUGGUGGAGUCCGACGCUUUCAACGGAACGCUGGACAAUAACCCGUUCAACUUUCAACACUUCAAUGUGUCGAGUAUUACGUUGCGACAAAACCGAACGCCAGUACCGUUUGAAACGAUCAAACUCGAUUACGGCAACGAUCAGUUCCUACCCGGUUACUUCACGGAACUAACGUUUGGGGAACUGACCAGAGAAUAG